AUGCAAUAUGCUCUGACUGAUGUCAAACGAAAGGCUGUGGCUAUCGCCUCUACUUUUGGUCAAGAACUCGUUGAGCUGCGCAGUAUAACUGAAAAUGAAUCGGUUAAUUAUAAAGAUUUUACUCUUGAAUGCACAGAUGACUUGAGCAAUCUUUCUAAAUUCAUGGAACACUUAUCUCCCAAUUGGCUAAAUCUUAUGUACAAAACCAAAUUGGCCAUCCAAAUAAAGAUAGAAGCCAUUUGUGACUUUAAGUCAAGCCAUUAG